UUUUAAACAUUCUCUCUUCUGCAUCUAUUUUCGAUUCUGUUUUCUGCAUCUAUAAUUUUAUUUAUUUUUGGGCGGGACUCGGGAGUGAAGGAUAUGGGAUUUCUCAGUAGUUUACUGGGAAUUAUUGGUUUUGGAAUCGGGAUUCCGGUUGGGCUUUUGGUGGGAUAUUUUCUUUUCAUCUACUUCAAGCCCAUUCAUAUAAUUAUAAAGGACCCAGUCAUUAGGUCACUGCAUGAAUUAGAUUCAGAUGCUUUCUAUGAGCUCUUACCUGAGAUUCCACUAUGGGUGAAAAGCCCUGACUAUGACCGGGUUGACUGGUUGAACCAGUUUAUUUUUGAUAUGUGGCCUUACCUUGACAAGGCGGUAUGUGGUAUGAUAAGAAGCACAGCAGGCCAAAUUUUUGUAGAGUACAUUGGGAAAUUUCACAUAAACUCAAUAGAAUUUGAGAGUCUAACUCUUGGAACUCUUCCCCCUACCAUACAUGGGAUUAAAGUAUAUGAGACCAAUGAGGAGGAAGUUGUUAUUGAACCACUGGUUAAAUGGGCUGGCAAUCCCAACAUAAUUCUGGUGCUAAAGUUGUUUUAUCUACGAAUCACUUUUCAGUUGGUAGAUUUGCAAAUAUUUGCUGAACCCCGCAUAACUUUGAAGCCUCUUGUGCCAAGCUUCCCUUGCUUUGCAAGCGUUAAUUUGUCUUUGAUGGAGAAGCCACAUGUAGACUUCGGAUUGAAAUUACUUGGAGGAGAUAUCAUGUCCAUUCCUGGCCUAUAUCAAUUUGUCCAGGAAACUAUUAAAAAGAAAGUUGUAGGCCUCUACCUCUGGCCCCGAAUCCUUGAAAUCCCCAUCCUUGACGGUUCAAUAGGAGUACUGAAGGGCCCUGUUGGUAUACUACACGUUAGGGUUAUACGGGCUAUCGAUCUUUUGAAGAUGGAUUUCUUGGGAAAAUCCGAUCCAUAUGUCAAACUCAGCUUGAGUUGUAAGAGGCUUCCAGCAAAGAAAACCAAAGUCAAGAGGAAGGAUUUGAAUCCUGAGUGGAAUGAGGUGUUCAAGCUAAUUGUGGAAGACCCUGAAUCUCAAGUCCUUCAAUUACAUGUCUAUGAUUGGGAAAAGGUUGGGAUGCAUGGAAAAUUGGGAAUGCAAGAAAUUCCUCUGAGAUCUCUGGUUCCACAUGAAGCAAAAGAAUUUACACUUGAUCUUCUCAAGAACACAAAUUCAAAUGAUCCUCAGAAUAAGAAGCAAAGAGGUAAAAUUAUGGUGGAGCUUACCUUCAAUCCUUUCAAAGAAGAUACUGACACAUUCACCGGUCCUAUGAGUGGAAAUGGGAGGAAGGAAAGUAGGGUUGGAGUAGUUUCUGCAGAUGCGGACUUGAGUGGGGCAGGGUUACUUUCAGUAAUGGUCCAAGGUGCUGAAGAUGUUGAUGGGAGGCAUCACAACAACCCUUAUGCUCUGAUCAUUUUCAAAGGAGAGCAGAAGAAAACUAAGAUGAUGAAGAAAACCCGGGACCCACGCUGGAAUGAAGAAUUCCAGUUCAUGCUAGAGGCGGCCCCUUUGGAUGAGAAGCUUCUUAUUGAAGUUAUUAGUAAGCGGACAUGGUUAGGUUUCAGAAAAAAGGAAGCAUUGGGGUAUAUAGACAUCAAUCUAACUGAUGUUGUGAACAAUGGACGCAUCAAUGAGAAAUACCAUUUGAUCAAUUCAAAGAAUGGAAUGAUACAUGUUGAGAUACGGUGGAAUACAAUAUGAGCGAACGAGAGAUGCACUGUAUAUUCCUUCUUUCUGAGUAGGUUGUCUAUAAAUAAUGUUCAAUUCUUCUAUUAUAAACACUGAGAUUCUUUAAAAUUUCAUUAACUAUAGAUGUCGUCAAAACCAAUAACACUUGGGUAUGCCAUGGGAGGGUGGGGGACAGAGAAAAGUUUGAAGGGAAAGGAAACCAGGUUGAAAAACAACAUAUCCUUUAGGAUCAACUUUUUAAGCAUGAUCAACUCAUUUUUUAUAUGCCUGCACCAAUUGUUUCAUUAACUUCCAAAUAUGUUUUGCAAAAUAGUUAGAUUCUGCUGGUCAUUGUGGAAUCAUGAUGCACAUACAGAGUGGACGUCCUUGCA